AUGUCAAGCAGCAGCUACGAGCCCCAGGAUAAUGCCCCUAAUUCCCAUAAUGAAGUAGACAAGCCAAGGUCAGUUGUCUAUGAUUCUUCAGAUGCUUGUCCCUCUUCGCAUCAGCUACAGCAUCUUACACUCGCAUCUUCUCCCCAGCCCAUACGACGGAAGAGGAAACGGGUGGAGAAAUGGGCGUGGAACAAGAGAGAAAAUCAUCUACGGCGUGCGAAUGCGCAGCCCAUAGCAUCUUACCAGGAACUUCUUGACGACACCAUUGAUACAAUUACCAAGGAACCUAGUCAUGGAGCAGCCAUUCAUGCUUCGCAGCUUGGCAUAGUUACAUGGAGUGCAGAGGAGAAGAUCAAUCUCUUUUCAGCGCUUGCAAGGAAGGGCAAAAGCGCGGUAUCCGAGAUAGCCUCUAUUGUCGGUACUAAAAGCCGGAUAGAAGUUCAACAAUACCUCAUGGAAAUUCAGCAGGCGUUGCAGGAGCAGCAAAUGACAGAGAAAAAUGUUAGGGGGAUAACUUUUUCGGACAUACACGCAGCAGCCGAAAUCAGUGAGGAAUGCUGCCUUGCGUUGGAAAAGGUGGCCAAUUCACUCUCUGUUCGAGAAGAGCAAGCACAUAACAUUUCGGGAAGACGAAAGUAUAAAGAUAUGUGGCUUGUAGACAGUAAUGCCGCAACGUAUUUGGAAGAGAAGAUCAAUACCAAAGAUAUCAGCGAUGUCGACCCAAAUGCACACCAUAUGUUAGCUACAGCUCAAUUGUUCAACAUAUCAAAUUGGAUCAACCUAUCAAGAAACGUUUUUAUGAAUUUCGGAGGCCACCGUAUAGAAGAUAAUUGGACCAGGAUCUGUUUUCACGAGGAGACACCUGCAAUGACUUGUGAUAGUUUUACGGAUUUCUACACGCUUGCGGUCAGCCUAACCCGGAGGCUGGUACAAUCUUCUAUAUUCUUUGCUCUCUCCAGGCUUCGUGCAAUGGAUGAACGGGGCCUGGAUCGAAAUAGAGUUGUGCGAAAAGACGAUGUGUAUGCCGCGUUGGGUACGCUAAAAAUACGACGCAACUCUCGUGAAUUUUGGAUUCAUGCUGCACGGCGAUGUUCAUUAGACGUUCGCGAGUAUGUGAGCAAGGGAAGUUUCAAGACGACGCUACUUUCCUAUGACGAAGUAGAAAGACGGUUAUCUGCUUCCCAUCUAGAGUUACCCGAACCCCAGCAGACGGAAGAAGAUCACGAAGAUCACGAGGAACAGGAAUCCCCCGAGCAAGACGCCGAUAUGCCAUCAGAAGCCAACCCGGAGCUAUACCUUGCAGGAGACUCCUCAUCUUCUUUCGAAGACUCCCAGACCGACGUGUCAAUGGAAGACACAUUGUUUCCUGAAUCAGAAGAAGAAUUCUUAUCUGAUGAAGAAGAAAGAUAUGCCGUAACUAUUGAUAGAGAAGCCAGCCAAGAAGAAGAAAAGCGACUAUGGAAGAUAUUGAAUCAGACUCCCAACUCUGAAGCUCCACCUAACGUUGAUAUAAAAAUGGAAAGCGAUGGCGAAGGGGUGUCCACAGCUCCCGGGUUAAGAAGUAAACCAGCAGCAAAAAGGAAGACGAUCCAGGAACUUCAAGAUUGGAGGAACCAGAUUUUACCCAUGGCCGAAUGGGAGCUAUUUGGGCCAAAGACGUUUGCCAUUGACGAGGAGAUAUAUGGGAACCACACAAAACGGCGGAAAAAAAGUGAUGAUGGAUUGGAAUAG